AUGGAAACACUGAACCACACCGGCGCACCCCAAUUCCUCCUUCUGGGCCUCUCACAGGACCCUAAAUUGCAGCCCAUCCUCUUUGGACUGUUCCUGACCAUGUACCUGGUCACGGUGCUCGGGAACCUGCUCAUCAUCCUGGCUGUCAGCUCUGACUCCCAGCUCCACACCCCCAUGUACUUCUUCCUCUCCAGCCUGUGCUUGGCUGACAUUGGCUUCACCUCCACCACGAUCCCAAAGAUGCUGGCGAACAUUCACACACACAGAAAACGCAUUUUGUAUACAGAGUGCCUCAUUCAGAUAUUUUUGUUUUUGACUUUUGUGGGAAUGGAUAACUUACUACUGACCAUAAUGGCAUAUGACCGCUUUGUGGCCAUCUGCUAUCCCUUGAAAUAUGUGACCAUCAUGAACCCCGAUACCUGUGUUUCCUUAGUUCUGAUGUCGUUGUUUGUCAUGCUCUUGGUCUCCCUGAUUCAUAUUCUACUAAUGAAGCAGUUGACUUUCUCCAAGGACACAGAAAUCCCUCAUUUCUUCUGUGAGCUUGCUCAGGUGCUCAAGGUGGCCAGAUCCGAUGCCAUCACCGAUGUCAAUGUCAUCCUGUUGUACGUGUCAACUGCCCUGCUGGGUGUGUGUCCCAUUACAGGGAUCCUCUUUUCUUAUUCUCAGAUCAUAGCCUCCCUAAUGAAGAUGCCCUCCAAAGAAAGCAAGUUUAAAGCAUUUUCCACUUGUGGGUCUCACCUCUGUGUGGUCUUCUUGUUCUAUGGAACAGGCCUUGGGGUUUACCUCAGUUCUGCAGGGACCCAUUCUCCCCAUGACAGCGCGGUGGCCUCUGUGAUGUACACUGUGGUGACCCCCAUGCUGAACCCCUUCAUCUACAGCCUGAGGAACAAGGAUGUGACAGGAGCCCUGGGGAGACUCCUCAGGAGAGCAGCCUCUCAUCCUUAA